AUGUUAAAGUUUGUUUUUAUAUUAGUAAUUAUUUUUUUCUUUUCUUUUUUAGAACGAUUUUAUUGAAUGGUACAAAAUUUAAUUUUUUUAGUUGGAUUUUUGUUUAUAAUUAAAAUUAAUUUUUUGAGUUAUUUUACUUAUAUUAGUUAUAUGUUUGGAUUGGAUAUAAUUUCUUAUGGAUUAAUUUUAUUAAGCUUUUGAAUUUGUGGAUUAAUAUUAAUAGCUAGAGAAAAAAUUUAUUUAUUAAAUAAUUACAAAAAUUUUUUUGUUUUUAUGUUAAUAAUGUUAUUGAUAAUGUUGUUAUUAACAUUUAGUUCAAUAAGAAUAUUUAUAUUUUAUUUAUUUUUUGAAGCUAGUUUAAUUCCUACUUUAUUUUUAAUUUUAGGAUGAGGGUACCAGCCUGAACGUUUACAAGCGGGUAUUUAUUUAUUAUUUUAUACUUUAUUGGCUUCUUUACCUUUAUUAAUUGGAAUUUUUUAUAUUUUAAACUUUAAUAAUACAUUAUCUUUUAAUUUAUUAAUUAAUGUUAGUUUUUUGAAUAUAAAUUUAUUAUAUUUAUGUUUAAUUUUUGCAUUUUUAGUUAAAAUGCCAAUAUUUUUAGUUCAUUUAUGACUGCCUAAGGCUCAUGUUGAAGCUCCUGUUUCUGGGUCAAUAAUUUUAGCUGGGGUAUUAUUAAAGUUAGGAGGAUAUGGAUUAUUACGAAUAUUUUCAUUAUUACAAAUUUCUGGAGUUAAGUAUAAUUAUUGAUUUAUUAGAAUUAGUUUAGUUGGAGGAGUUUUAAUUAGAUUAAUUUGUUUGCGUCAAACAGAUUUAAAGGCAUUAAUUGCUUAUUCUUCUGUUGCUCAUAUAGGAAUUGUUUUAAGAGGUUUAUUAACUUUAACUUAUUGAGGAUUAACAGGGUCUUAUGCAUUAAUAAUUGCUCACGGGUUAUGUUCUUCUGGGUUAUUUUGUUUAGCUAAUAUUUCUUAUGAACGAAUAGGAAGACGAAGAUUGUUAAUUAAUAAGGGGUUAUUAAAUUUUAUGCCUUCUCUUAGAUUAUGAUGAUUUUUGUUAUGUUCUGGUAAUAUGGCGGCACCUCCAACUUUAAAUUUAUUAGGAGAAAUUUCUUUAUUAAAUAGAAUUGUUAGAUGGUCAUGAGUUACAAUAAUUAUAUUAUCUUUUUUAUCUUUUUUUAGAGCUGCUUAUUCUUUAUAUUUAUUUGCUUAUAGUCAACAUGGAAAAAUUUAUUCUGGGAAUUUUUUUUUUUCAGUAGGAAAUGUUCGAGAAUUUUUAUUAUUAAUAUUACAUUGAUUACCUUUAAAUUUAUUAAUUUUAAAAAGAAAUUUUUGUAUAUUAUGAAUUUAA